AACAGCAGCCCAUCUCAUUGCAAUUGGAUAUGUGUGGAGUUCUUAAGUAUGUCCAGUUCUUCUUAACGAGACACAACGAACAACCUUUUACAGAAACCACCCACUGUUGUUACUCACUCUGCUCUCUUCACCGCUUCAUCCCCACUCUCCCUCCACUUCACUAUCUUUAUCUGCGCCACAAAAUUCACUUUCUCCAUUCACAUACAAUUCUUCACCUUUGUUUUUCGCUUAUGCUUGCUUAUCAAUGAAUAUCACAACUCAGCUCCAAUUGAAACUUCCUCGGUCGGGUGGUGGCCUGUAAUAGCGUUUUGUGCUUGCUGGUUUAUCUGCUACUUCAGCUAGAAUUUCUUUUGAGAGAGUUUGUAGAAAUGUUCUUUGGAACUUAGGUGGUGAAUUGAGAAAAUGGUGGGGAUGAUUGUCACAAAUGGGCAACUGGGUAUCUCUAGGUUUGAAGGAAAUGGCGCUUUUGCUUUUAAUUCUCGGGGGAAUUCGUUCUCUCCAUCUGAGUCCCCUCUUCGUUGGGGACCCAGUUUGGGAGUUUAUUUGAACGUUAAUGAUAGGAGGCUUAGCUUUGGAACAAUUUGUAAAGCUCUGCCGAGAGGAGAUUCUAAUGGCCAAUUGAUUGGUGUAUCGCUUCCAGGAAAGGAAGCUGAAUUUAGGCCAUCAUUUAAUGAGUACUUGAAGGUUAUGGAGUCUGUGAAAACUGUUAGAGACAAGAGACAAUCUAAUAGUUUUCAAAAACAAAAAUUUGUUGAUAAGUCGAUGGAAACAGGUUCAUCUGAAGGGAAUGAAGAGGGUGUGAAAUUGGAGGAGUUGGAAGAGCAUUCAAACCAAGAAAAGGAUUAUAAAAGAUAUGAGUCACUCAACAGAAGAGAUUCUUUAACAAACAAAAAUGGCAUUAGGAAAAACAUGACAGAUCCCAAGAGCAGGAUUGGCAUAAAAGUAGGCAAUGUGAUUGGAAAGGAAACAAGGAAGUCAGGUGGCAGGGAUUCAAUGGACAGAAAUUGGCCUAAAUAUCAGACUGGUAGAGAAGAGGUGGAGUUAGAUGAGAACCACUUAGGAAGGAAAUUUACUAAGCUAGAGGGAUAUAAGAGCACUGGGAAACGAAUCCCAUCUCAAGCUCAUGACAAUAGUAUGGACAUGGGAAGAGGAUAUAAAGACGAAGCAAGAUUAGACUAUAGAUUAAUGGGUAAUGUUUGCGAGAGAGGGAGGAAUGACAUUGGUUUUAACAAGAUAAAUGAGAAAGUUGGGAGGAAUUAUGUAGAUGACAGUAAGGAGAUUAUGCCAAAGCAUGGUAAACAAACUAAGAGAACUAAGGAUUUUGGUAAAAAUGUAGAUGACAAUAAUUUGAGUAUGGAAAGAGCUGCGUUCAGGAAUCUUGAUGAAUUUGGUGACAUCAUGGAAAAUCCCCGACUUCCACGAAAUGUAAUGGAGGAGAGGAUUCAGAAGCUGGCAAAUUCGCUGAAUGGUGCAGACGUUGACAUGCCCGAAUGGAUGUUUUCGAAGAUGAUGCGUAGUGCAAGGAUUAGAUUCACAGAUCAUUCUAUCUUAAGGGUUAUUCAGAUCUUGGGAAAGUUUGGAAAUUGGAGACGAGUGCUACAAGUCAUUGAGUGGCUUCAAAUUCGUGAACGCUUCAAAUCUCAUAAAACAAGAUUUGUAUACACAACUGCACUUCAUGUUCUUGGAAAGGCAAGGAGACCUGUGGAGGCGCUCAAUGUGUUUAACGCAAUGCAGCAACAAAUAUCCUCAUAUCCUGAUUUAGUUGCUUAUCAUUCUAUUGCUGUUACUCUUGGACAAGCGGGACAUAUGAAAGAACUUUUUGAUGUCAUUGAUACCAUGCGUUCUCCUCCCAAGAAGAAGUUCAAAACAGGGGCUCUUGGUGAGUGGGAUCCACGGGUGGAACCAGAUAUUGUUGUCUACAAUGCGGUUUUAAAUGCUUGUGUUAAGAGGACACAAUGGGAGGGAGCAUUUUGGGUUUUGCAGCAAUUAAAGGAAAAAAGUGUACAACCUACCGCUACAACUUAUGGACUCGUAAUGGAGGUGAUGUAUGCAUGUGGCAAGUACAACUUAGUUCACGACUUCUUCAGAAAAAUACAAAAGUCUUCUACUCCAAACGCUUUAACUUAUAGAGUGCUUGUGAAUACCCUAUGGAAAGAAGGUAAGCUAGAUGAGGCUGUAUUAGCUGUUCAAAACAUGGAGAAUCGAGGAAUAGUAGGUUCUGCUGCCCUUUAUUAUGAUUUUGCUCGAUGUCUUUGUAGCGCUGGAAGGUGUCAAGAGGCAUUAGCUCAGAUUGAGAAGAUAUGUAAGGUUGCAAAUAAACCUCUGGUUGUAACUUACACGGGAUUAAUUCAAGCUUGUCUCGACUCUGGAAAUGUUAAAGAUGGGGCAUAUAUGUUCAACCAUAUGAGGAAGUUUUGCUCCCCAAAUCUUGUUACUUGUAACAUAAUGUUGAAAGCUUAUCUAAACCAUGGGAUGUUCAAAGAGGGAAAAGAGCUGUUCAAGAUGAUGUUAGAAGAUGGAAAUGGGCUUAGGAGCAAAGCUGAUCACAAUGUUUUGGUGGAACCAGAUAUCUACACAUUCAAUACUCUGUUAGAUGCGUGUGUGUCUGAGAAGAAGUGGGAUGAUUUUGAGUACUUUUACAAAAAGAUGCUGCAUCGUGGCUAUCACUUCAAUUCGAAGCGCCAUCUUCAGAUGAUACUAGAGGCUUCUAGAGCGGGAAAGGGAGAGUUGCUGGACAUAACAUGGAACUACUUGGUCGAGGCGGAUCGAACUCCACCAGCAUCCCUAAUCAAAGAAAGACUCUGCGUGAAGUUGGAGAAAGAAGACUACGUCGCUGCCCUUUCUUGCAUUCAGAAUCAAGGUCUGUUAGCUGCGUUGCCAGAGUUCUCUGUGAAGGCUUGGUCGAGAUUAUUCAAGGUGAAUUCCGAAAGAUUUCAGGAAGGUACCCUUGUUAGGUUUGUCCAAGAGGUUAGUAAUAUUGUUGCCAGAAGUGAUCAACCAAAUCCCGCCCUAGACAAUCUUUUGGAAUCUUGCAAAGAACUUACUAGAAGCUCUGUUGGAUUAACACAAAUCUUUUCUGAACGUCAAACUGAACUAGUUUUGACAAUUUAAUGACCCAAAAACAUGAACAUUUUGCUAAUCAUUUUGUAUAUAAAUAAAUUGAAUCGUAAAAAAAAAACAUUACUAGGAUGCUUGUUCGUUUGGGGUGAUGAAAACAAUACAUUUCUUAAAAAAAAUGAAAAAAAAACAAUAAAUUUGGAUGUUUAUUAGAAUAAAAAUGAGCAAAAGGAGCAUUAUUGAUGCA